UCAUUCACUCAUUUGUUCUUCAAUUUUUCGAUUUUCGACUAAACUCUCCAAUAUGAUGCGCUCAUUCUUUGUGCUCUUGGCUCUGCUCGCAAUAGUCACCAGCACCGCUAGUCCCACUUGUGGCAGGGCUCUUCUACACCGGAUCCAGUCGGUUUGCGGUCUCUGUACCAUCGACGCUCACCACGAACUGAUUGCCAUUGCCUGCUCAAGGGGACUGGGCGAUAAGGAAAUCAUUGAAAUGUGCUGUCCAAUCUAAAUGUCUGAUUAUUUUUUACCAACUUGCCAAUCACUUACAUUUUUUCCAAACCUUCAGAAAUGUAUAAACCGUGUUAAUAAAAAAAAACUCGUUG